UGCGCUUUUACGCACGACUCUGGUGACACUGUGGUGGAGGCAGAGCACCAUGCAGGCCGUCAGUGUGUGAGCGUUUCCCAGUCAAAGCUGCCACCGCUGUAGAAGAUGAUCCUGCUGCCUGGUCUGUUAUUUAUCCUCUGGGGAGGAGCGGCUCGGUGUCUGGCGGAGGAUGGAGGCUUCACUUUUGAUGGAGAUCUCCGCCACUUCGCCGUGACCACAAACACGGUUUACAUCGCUACAGAGGAGAAGCUGUACCAGCUGAACCACGACCUGACUCUGGUCCACAGUCUGACCCUGAGAGGAAUCUUGAAGGGCGGGAACCAACAGCCGGACGACGUGUCGUUUUACCGGGUUUCUGAGACGGCUUCGUGGAACGCAACUUUCAAAGUCAACGUGUUGUUGCCAUUUGUUGAGAACGACACUCUGAUCAGCUGCGGGGUGAUCGACAAGGAGUGUGGUUACUGCGAGGUUCUGGACCUGAAGAACAUCUCUAACCUUGUGCACAGGGAGAGCAUCCAGGUGGGACCACUGAGGAGCAGCAACGCGUCCGUCGCGGUCUUGGUGAAUCUGAAGAAGAAUCCAACACAAGACACUUACAUUCUGACCGGGGUACAGCAACAUCAACCCAACACCGAACAGAGCAGCUGCACCUCUAAUAUCCAAACUGUCAACCUUCAGAAUACGGUUGAAAAACAAGCGGGAGGUAUAUUUUCUCUAAAUGAUGAUCAACUCACGCCCUCGAUCAGAAGUAAAGGUGAUGUGGAGUUUGUGGACGGAUUUCAGAUCAGUUCAACCAUGUAUCUGCUCUCCAACGUGCUCUCAGCCGCUAAAAGUAACAACGUCCGUCUCAUUUGGCUUGAGGGCAAAACCAGCAAGACCCAGACUUACAGGUCUCUGCGGGGUGCGACUCUCAGUGUCUCUGAAGCUGGUGGUGAGGGGAACAGACUCCUGGCCUCCUCGGUGAUCCCGGGCGGGCCCUCGGUGCUCUGGAGCGGAGUGUUCAGUGUGGACGGAGGACAGAGCAACACCGAGCUGCUGGUGUUUGACAUCAGCCCCGAUCUCACCGGAGAGGACGAUUCAGAUCCAGACUUCUGCAGUGUCUGUCCCGAAAAGACAAGUGUUACAAAGCCAAAGACCCUGAAGCCGAAGGCAGUGCUCUUCAGACAGAACUACAUGACCUCUGUGCUGGCAGUGAGGCAGAAGGCCUGGAUGGUUUUCUUCAUCGGGACAGGAGAUGGACAGCUCAUUAAGCUUGCUGUAGAUAAGGACUAUCACACCGCCUGUCCCAUGGUGCUCUACAGGGCCAAUGAUGAUCGCCAAGUGUUUCCCAAAAUACUUCUGGAUCCAGUGGAUCAUAAACAUGUGUAUGUGCCAUUUCAAAACCAGAUGAAGCGUGUACCUGUGUCAAAGUGCAGCAUGUACACAAAUGUGCAGGAGUGUUGGUCUGCACAGGAUCCACACUGUGUCUGGUGUGGCUCUAAAUCAAGGUGCACAUUUGAAGAUGACUGCACAGAUUCAGACUGGGUGUCCAUUCCUGAUGAUCACCAACACAAAAUAGUUUCCUACAAAGUUGAAAAGGAGCCAACUGGUCAGAUCAAACUGAACAUCCAGACACACCUGACUGUGGGUCAGAGCGCACUGUCCAGAUUCGCCUGUCAGUUCUCUGCAAGUUCCAGUGAGCUUUGUAGCAGGAGUGGCCCUCCUCCACUGUUCCCACAAUGCACCUGCAUCCUCUCUGAUAGCAGACUUCCUGCUGAAGGUCUGGGUGUCAGUGUAAGAAUUAGAGUUGGGAAGACGCACUUUUUGGAACAACUGACGUUAACCAUCUGUUCAAACAUCAGGGGACCUCCAAGUUCUGUCUUGUGUCAGCAGUGUAUCAGGGCUGGAUGUGGCUGGAGCAAAAACAGCUGUUCCUGGGCAAAUCAAGGAGUGAUCAAUGACAGUGUUUGUCAAACGAUGGAGUCUGGGAUGAACUUUUCUAGGCCAGUGAUCUCCUCCAUCACCCCCAGUGUCGUGUCUUUCUACGGCAGAAACCACGCAGUGUUGUCGGGUCAGAACCUCAGAGAUGUGACCAGAGUGAGGAUGACUGUGGACACAGACUGCACUCCCCAAGAAUCUCCUGUAUGGAACAACACAGGCGUGAAUCUCACGUUCCACAUUCCCAGGACAGAUGGUAAAGGUGUGGUCAAAGUAUGUGCUCUCCUCCCAGAUGGUGGUUGCCAUGGCAACACUAAAAUCACCUACAGGUCAUCACCAUCCUGCACCAAAGUUGUCCCAAGCAGCAGCUGGGUCAGUGGGAAGAGGGGAGAUCACACUCAUGGGCUCUCACCUGGACUUUGUGGAGGGGGUCACACACAGCCACGCCCCCACAGAGGGUCAGACCUCCAGGAAGCAGCAGCUAUCAGUUUGCUGCUGAUACCCUUCAUUAUUAUCAUGGUGGUGUUUGUCUACCGAAGAAAACAGAACCAGCUCACUGCCAAGAUGAACAGGCUCAUGGAAGAUCUAGAGCUCGACAUUAGGAAUGACAUCAGACAAGGCUUUGUGGAUCUGCAGACAGAGAAAGCUGACUUGAUGGAAAAUGUUGGAGCGAUUCCUUUCCUAGACUACAAGCACUUUGCCUCCAGAAUCUUUUUUCCUAAGAGUGAACAUUUGAUGAUGUUGUGUAUCAAAGACAUUGGUCAGGAUGCAGAAAAGGUUCAGCUUGAUGAGUGUUGCCAGGGCUUGUCCAAGCUGAUCCAGGACCAGCUCUUUCUCACAUCUAUGGUUCACGCUCUGGAGGAGCAGAAGAGCUUCACCAUUGAAGACAAGUGUGUAUUGGCAUCUCUACUAACAGUAGCACUCCACGGCAACUUGUCGUAUCUGACGGAGAUGAUGGAGGUUCUGCUGAAGGAUCUGAUGCAGCAAAACAGCAAUGCUCAGCCCAAACUGUUGCUCCGACGCACUGAGUCCACAGUGGAGAAACUGCUGACCAACUGGAUGUCCAUAUGCCUUUAUGGCUUCCUCCGGGUCUGUUGCUCUUAUGUUUCUUGUAGUCUUUGCUCUUUUGUAUUACUACCACCACGUAAACCAGACUAG